AUGCAUCUUUCUUCUCUCACAGUGGCCACAUUGGUCUUGGGCACCCUCGCCACGCCCAGCCGCCACCAUCCGGGAAAGAAAGUCGGUCUGAACGAGGCCAUCACCCGCAAGGGCAAGACAUGGUUCGGCACAGCAGUGACCGUCCGCAAGGACAAGGUUGAGCGCGCUAUCCUUGACAACACGGCUGAAUUUGACUCGAUCACUCCGGAAAAUGCCAUGAAAUGGGACUUGACAGAGCCGACACGAAACCACUUCGAAUGGGAGGCUGCUGAUGCUGUGGUUGAUCUUGCCGUGGCAAAUGGGCAGCAAAUGCAUUGCCACAACCUAGUUUGGCACUCCCGUCUUCCUUGCUGGGUGUUGGACGGAAAAUGGGACAACAAGACGUUGAUUGACAUUAUGACCAACCAUAUCAAGACGGUGGCUACUAAAUACAAGGGGCACUGUACACGAUGGGACGUUCUCAAUGAAGCACUAAAUGACAACGGCACGUAUCGGGAUUCGGUCUGGUAUCGCACCAUUGGAGAAGCCUUUAUCCCUAUUGCAUUCCGCGCUGCUGCCGAGGCAGACCCCACGGCGAAGCUGUUCUACAACGAUUUCGACCUCGAGUACGGAGACGCCAAGACCGAAGGCGCUCGCAGGAUUGUCAAACUGAUUCAAUCGUACGGUGUUCGUAUCGAUGGUGUUGGUUUCCAAGCCCAUCUCGCUUCCGAGACCAGCAACACCAUAAAUCGCACUGUUCCUUCACUGCAAGUCUUGACCAACAGCUUAGAGUCACUAGCAAAUCUCGACGUGGACGUCGCAUACACUGAGCUCGACAUCCGCAUGAAACUGCCUGCUACUGAGGAGAAGUUGAAGGUCCAGGCAAAUGAUUACGCGCGCGUGGCGGCUUCGUGCAUGGCAGUCAAGCGGUGUGUAGGCAUUACGGUGUGGGGAUUCUCUGAUAAGUAUAAUUGGAUUCCUAAUUUCUUCUCUGGCGAAGGAGCUGCUACGUUGUGGGAUGAGAAUUUGAAGAAGAAGCCAGCGUAUAAGGCGGUUCUGGAUGCCAUCAGAAAGUAA